AAUUUAUCCAAUCUUCUUAUUCCCUGCAAAAUUUCGUUGCCUUAUAAUGCAGACGGAAGAAGGAUUUCCGUUCAAAUUUCGAAAUCAUAUAUUAAUAUGGUAUCACUUACAGACAAAGUUUCAUGGAGGAUAUCAAAUCCCAACUGAUCAUAUAUUUUUUUUUUGAACUUCGGAUCACAUGAUCUCAACCAAUCUAUACAGAAGUUGUUCGAAGAUUUAAAAUUCAAAGCUGAAGAUUUUUGCCGAUGGUUCGUGUUCGUAGCGUCCCACAAUUCCUAUAAAUACACACAAUUUGUGUUUCAAGCUCUUUCGUACCAAAACCGUCCAUUGAUCCAACUCAAUUUUUCUAUAUACGAAGUCAAACUUGAAUAUGGCCUAUGAUGAUCGUUUCGAUUUGUUAGAAGAUAUCACCUCCUCAAGAAUCAAGUCCAAUUGGAGAGUUAAUGUUCGUGUGCUCCAAACUUGGAAACCAACCUAUGCAAAAUCUAAAGAUGUAGUCUGUCUUGAAGCUCUCCUGGUUGAUGCCAAGGGUACUAAAAUUCUUGCUCAGGUUUCAAAACAGUGGAUCAAGAGAUUUGAGGACCAAUUGAAGGAAGGCACUGUCAAGCUAUUGUCGAAUUUCAAUAUUGUCAAAGUCGGAGGAGGUUAUCGAACUAAUACACACCAAUAAAAGAUUCGUUUCUAUCCGAACACUUUGGUUCAGUUUCGUCAAGACGAUUCAAUCCCAAAGUUUGGUUUCGAGUUUGCAGGGUUUGGUGAUAUUUUGAACAAGGCUCCAGACACGACUUACUUGAUAGAGCAAAGAAGUAAAAGAGGGGUUACAGAGGAUUUUGGAGGGGAGUGGCGGCUGAGAUUUAUGUCUGGAGGAUUUCAAUUGGCUUCUGAGAAUACUGGGGCUUUGGUCAACCUCUGCUGGAUUUCUUUCUUCUCUGCCGUUUCCCUGCAAGAUAUCGUAUAUAUAUACUCAGGAUGUCACUCUGUCCAUCUGAUACUAAAUUCCCUUUCAGAAUGAAGAGAAGUCAAUUUCCUUUGGCAAUUUGUUUUGCAAUGACUAUAAACAAAAGCCAAGGACAAUCUUUAACAAAUGUGGGAUUAUAUUUGCCGCGUCCAGUAUUUAGUCAUGAACAAUUAUAUGUUGCUUUAUCAAGAGUUACUUCGAGACAAGGAAUAAAGAUCCUCAUAUGCGAUGAAGAUGGUAAUGUGAACUCCAAGACUACUAAUGUAGUCUACAAAGAAGUUUUGCAAGACAUUUGAUCAUUCAUUUUGAAUUAAUUUUUUCUAUUUAAUAAAUUGCUCCUUGACUUUAGCACUUUUUGUUAAUAUUAUUUCUGUGUAAAAUUUCAGAAAAUCGUAUUCACUAUUGAAAAAUUAUGGCUAAUGUUUUUGUUUUUCUAUUUUUAAUAUAAAAUAUAUAAAACUAUAAAAUCUACUCUUGCUUUAUUACGUUAAAAUCUCUAAAUAUGCA